UACGUUACCAGCCCCGUUUGCGGGUUGCGCUAAUGAUGACCAGCCCUCCCGUCACCGACACCGCCGACCCGUUCAGGUUCGACCGCAGUUCGCUAAUCUCGACCACUCCCUCCUUCGAUCCCACCUCAUCUUUGCCUCGUUCUUUUCAUCUCCACCAGCUUGAGUGCAUUUAGCAUCUUAUUUCAAUUGAAAUAUUGCCAAUUAUACUUGACGCAACGUCAAUUUCGCAAUGAUGUCUGGCGAAGCAUGGCUUUACCUUUUGUCGGUGUUGAUCAACGCCGUCAACCUCUUCCUCCAGGUGUUCUUCACGAUUAUGUACAGUGAUCUCGAAUGCGAUUACAUCAACCCUAUCGACCUUUGCAACCGCCUUAACGCCUACAUCAUCCCCGAAGCCGCUGUCCACGCAUUCCUGACCUUCCUCUUCCUGAUCAACGGAUACUGGAUCGCCAUCGUGCUGAACCUGCCCCUCGUAUUGUUCAACGCCAAGAAGAUCUACGAGAACCAGCACCUUUUGGAUGCGACCGAGAUUUUCCGCAAGUUGAACGUGCACAAGAAGGAAUCCUUCAUCAAGCUUGGCUUCCACCUUCUCAUGUUCUUCUUCUACCUCUACAGCAUGAUUGUUGCCCUGAUCCGCGAUGAGGGCCACUGACUGCGUGAAAAGACCGAAUAUGCGAUGCAUCAUGGUCGUUCCGGCUAGAUCAAGGAGCCGUCUGUUGAUGAGCUGUUGUCAUGAGUUCCUGGAUCAGUGUUCCUUGGACAUUGUUCUCAGCCUGUUCACGCAACC